AUGCUAGAUCAUAUUUCCAUCUCUCAUCAAAGCGGUUUGGUACUUUGGUCAAAAUCUUUCACUCCUGCUUUUUCCACUUUGGUGACAUCUACCGCAUCACCCAUCAACGCUUUGGUAAGGGAAGGGUUUAUCGAAAAUCGUUUAACGGAGGAAACAGGUUAUGAAAAAGAUGGGUAUAGUGUGAGAUGGACUAUGGAGAAUGGAUUAGGGCUAGUUUUCGUUGUCGUCUUCCCGGCUCUUCUACCUUUGGCAUACAUCCCUCAACUGUUAGCAAGAACGAAACAGCUCUUUCUGUCCCUUUUUCAAACAUAUCUCCAAGGUUUGAUCGGUUCCCUCAACUCUGGUUCUGCCAUUGUUGAACAUAUCUCUCAGAGUGCCUUGCGGUUGUUACAAACACAACUCGAAAUACAACAAUGGGGCAGAAUCUUUGAUAGGUGUUUGAAAGAUUGUGAGAGUCAAGAUACUGUAGGUUUUUCCUACCACACUCUUCGGUCAACUCAUUCGUCUUGUCUUUCUGACUCUGUAGUCGAAACUUCCACACCCGUCACAGCAGAAGAAAUUUCAAAAAACGUUCAAGCUAUCAAAUCAAAACUCAAAGCUCGUAAACCGAGAGGAGGGAGAGAAUCGGCCGUAUCCUCUUCUCCUUCCCGUAAAACACCCUCGAGCGCAGGUGCAAAGCUUAUGCGUAAAUGGGGAGAUUCUGUCGUUUCAGCAGAAGAUAUGGCUUCAUUUGAUUAUUCCGCUCCGGCUCCAACGACCAAUGGUCAUUCUGAUGCUCCAGCAGUGAAGACAGAUGACCUGAUCUCGACUGCUGCGAUGGGUACAAGGAACAAACAAGGGACAUAUGAGGUAGCCGAUUGGGAUUUAGGGAGAUCGGAAUUGCCAACUGAAGAAGAGAUAUUGGCUAGAGUGACAGGUGAAUUGAAGAUAACCGAUAAGGUGGAAAAGAAGGUGGGAUGGGGUGAUAUGUUGAAUCGUUUAACUGGGAAAAAGAUUUUGACGGAAGAAGAUCUGAGACCUGUGUUGAGAGAAAUGGAAAAACAUUUGAUGGGGAAGAAUGUUGCGAAAGAUAUAGCUGAGAAGAUGUGUGAAGGUGUUGGGGCUGCUUUGGUUGGUAAAAGGUUAGCAGGGUUGACCAGCAUCAAAUCUCAAGUCCAAUCAUCCCUCUCGGAUUCACUCACCCGGGUUCUCACUCCUCGAACAUCUACCGAUAUCCUCCUUGAAAUUCAAAGAAAACGGUCUGCCCUCACUUCCCUCUCUACCUCCCCAGGACCCUACACUCUCACCUUCGUCGGCGUUAACGGGGUUGGUAAAUCAACCAAUCUGUCUAAAGUCUGUUUCUGGCUGUUGCAGAACGGUCUCAGGGUACUCAUAGCUGCUUGCGAUACGUUUCGGAGUGGUGCGGUGGAACAACUGAGGGUGCAUGUACGUAAUCUUGGUGCAUUAGGUGAUGAGAUGGGUUUAGCUGGGGAAGGUGGAAAGAAGGUAGAGUUAUUUGAGAGAGGAUAUGGGAAAGAUGCUGCUGGGAUAGCGAAAGAUGCUAUUUCGUAUGCCAAAGAACAAGGUUUCGACGUAGUUUUAAUUGACACUGCUGGUCGUAUGCAAGACAACGAACCUCUCAUGAGAGCAUUAGCAAAGCUCGUCAGUGUCAAUGACCCGGAUAAGAUCAUCUUCGUAGGCGAGGCUUUGGUGGGGAACGAAGCAGUGGAUCAAUUGACGAAAUUUGAUCGUGCAUUGAAAGAUUUUUCCGCUGCUGGGAUAGGUGGAACACAGAGGAAGAGAGGGAUAGAUGGGAUAAUUUUGACAAAGUUCGAUACGAUCGACGAUAAAGUCGGAGCUGCAUUAUCAAUGACGUACGUCACAGGUCAACCUAUCUUGUUCGUAGGUUGCGGCCAAACUUAUACGGAUUUACGUCAAUUACGAGUGAAUCAUAUAGUUCAAGCUCUUCUCAGUUCUUGA